CGUCAUCACAACGCGACGGUGUCUGCAAUAGUGCGCCAUCGUCAAACGGCUAAAAUCAACAACAAACCCUCACGGCUAAACACACGGUGGAUUAUUUUACACUCCUGUCCUCUUUUCGGCCACAAAGUUAUAACAGCGAUUGUCAGAUUGUUGGAAGUUUAAACCUGGUCUAGCUCAAAGAAUCAUGGAUAGUGAAAUCCAGCGAGACGGCAGAGUUUUGGAUCUGACCGACGACGCAUGGAGGGAAGACAGGCUGCCCUAUGAGGACGUCACCAUCCCGCUGAGUGAACUCCCUGAGGCCGAGCAGGACAACGGGGGAUCCACGGAGUCUGUGAAAGAGCAGGAGAUGAAAUGGACGGACCUCUCCCUGCAGAGCCUGCACGAAAACACUCCGAACACUGGGAGUUGAAUCACCACUGACUGGACUUGGACUGUGGAACCAUAACACCAGCUAUGUUCAUCCUCACCUGGUUUGAUGUUAGUGCAUUGAAAUAUAGUUGAACUGUUUGUAGUUUUCUGGCACAAUCACUUGAUAAGUGUGCUGCAUGCAGUUCUUAAGCUUGUGAAAUGUCUUUUAAGCGAAGGUCUUGCUAUUUAAUAAGUCACAGACGAGUGUCUAACAUACAUAGGUUUAUACAGCAUUAAACAUGUACACUAAUAGUUCUUUGGUUUGACAUGUUGCAGGACAAAGCCACUAAAACGUUUCAGUCUUUUCAGUCUUCUGCGAGACCGUUCGCCAUGGUCACUUUUUCCGUGCCGUCUCUGUUGCGAUUUUACGGAUGUGAUCAUGUGGUCCGUUCCCCUGGAGGACUGAAGGGUGUCUGUAGGAGCCUCCAAGACGAUCCCAGAGUGUGAAGUACUGUCCGUAGUUGUAGUUGAAGAAGAGGUGAUGGUCCACGUGAUGGGCAGCGCCGUUUAUGAGAUGUAUCAAGGGGCCCGGGAUGCGGUAGUCGCCGUCGUGUAUGGAAAUGGUCCAGACAUUGACAAAGACGAAGAGAGACAGGUAGACGGCCUUGUGGAGCGGGAAGAUGAAGGGGUAGAUGUGGUAGGGUAGGCUCUGCAAGAAGCCGUCCAGCGGGUGGAAGGCGUGACUUGCAAACGGCGUGGGGAUUUUGAAUAAAUGAUGUUGUUUAUGUAAGUACUGGGGAGGGGAAGAGAGAUGAAUAAACAAGACUCAAAAUGUG